GGGCACAGCCGGGGGCAGGAGUGGGAGGCUCGACAAUCAGGCCGCUCUCGAGCUGACUAGAAGUAGAGCACCGCUCAACGUCGCUCUCAUCACAUCAGAUUCCCGCGUUCGUCUACUGCGCACGCGUGGUGCUUUCUUUUGCCAAUUGAACCCACACUAUGCGCAUGCGCAGUAUUCCCCCUUCCUCCCACAAGGCUGGUUUAGUGCUCUAUGAUCCGAGGACGCACUUGUGCGCGUGUUCCUACUGUGACGCAUGCGCAUCCUCUCCCCCAUCGCCUCGGGACAGGUCGGCCUGUCUUACCCGCAGCGCAUGCGCAGCUCUGCUCCUCCAUCGGGCUCCGCCCCGCGCCUCCCGCAGAGCAUGCGCAGUUGCGUAGCUCCCGUUCGGAGCGGCUUGUGUGACGGCGGCGGCGGCGGGAGUCAGCGAGCGCCCUGAGGAGGGAGGCCCCGAGCCCGCCGGAGCCCAGGGAGCCGGAGCCAGCCGGGGGAGGCGGCCCCAGUCUCCGGCACGAUGAGUAUCGAGAUCCCGCCGGGCCUGACCGAGCUGCUGCAGGGCUACACGGUGGAGGUGCUGCGGCACCGGCCGCCCGACCUGCUGGGCUUCGCUGCCGACUACUUCACCCGCCUGCGGGAUGCCCGCGACCAGGAGGCCGCCGCCGCCGGGGCCCGCAAGGGGGUCAACUUCGACGGGGAGCCCAUGCAGACCGAGUCCAACGGCGAGGAGGAGCCCGGGCGGGACGACGAGGACUCCGACUCCGACUUCGAGCGAGAGUCAACCGGCACCGGAAGAGGAUGCUCCUUCUGCUUCUCAGGGCUCCUGGCACCGUUCAUCAUCCCUGGUGCAGAAGAAGAUGACUAUGCUCCAGUUAUUAACAGAUUUAACAGAAGAGUAUCAGAAACUUCAACCAGCCUUUCGCAAAAGCAAAGAAAACCGAUGAAAGCACAAGUGUAUCUGCUGAUUACAAUUAUGGGAAUAUUACACGUUUGUGCUGAAGCCUUCAACCCAGAUGAGGAAGAGGAAGAUACAGAACCAAGGGUAGUUCAUCCAAAAACAGAUGAGCAGAGAUGUAGACUGCAGGAAGCAUGCAAAGAUAUACUCCUCUUCAAAAACCUAGAUCAGGAGCAGCUGUCUCAGGUUCUCGACGCCAUGUUUGAGAGGAAAGUGAAACCUCAGGAACACGUCAUUGACCAAGGAGAUGACGGAGACAACUUUUAUGUCGUUGAGAGGGGAUUGUACGAUAUCUUUGUAACACGAGACAGCCAGCCUCGUUGUGUCGGCCGUUACGACAAUCACGGCAGUUUUGGGGAACUGGCGUUGAUGUACAACACUCCUAGAGCCGCUACCAUUGUUGCCACAACAGAAGGAGCCCUUUGGGGACUGGAUCGAGUGACGUUCAGAAGAAUUAUAUUGAAAAACAAUGCGAAGAAGAGGAAGACUUUUGAAUUAUUUAUUGAGUCUGUGCCCCUUCUUAAAUCGCUGGAGAUUUCAGAGCGAAUGAAGAUAGUUGAUGUAAUAGGGGAGAAGGUGUAUCGAGAUGGGGAGCGCAUCAUUUCUCAGGGUGAUAAAGCAGACAGCUUUUACAUUGUAGAGUCUGGUGAAGUAAAAAUCUUGAUUAAAAGCAAGACUAUGACAAGUAAGGAUGCUAACCAGGAAGUGGAGAUUGCCCGGUGUCACAAAGGACAGUAUUUUGGAGAGCUUGCACUUGUUACCAACAAACCCAGAGCAGCCUCUGCCUAUGCUGUUGGGGAUGUCAAGUGUUUAGUCAUGGAUGUGCAAGCAUUCGAGAGGCUGCUUGGCCCCUGCAUGGACAUUAUGAAGAGGAAUAUAACACAUUAUGAGGAGCAGCUGGUGGCAAUGUUUGGUUCAAGCAUGGACCUGUUGGAUCCAGGGAAUUAGGCACAGGGUACUUUAGUGCCUUCUCAGUUCAAGACACAGAAAAGCCUCCUAUCAGCAACACAACACAUAAGGAAAAAUGGACACUACAGAACAGUUACUGCUGCUGUCUUCUUGGGCAUUUUAGAAAUAAAUAAGUCUCAGCACAGAUGGAUGGGGAGAGGCUCACUCCAUGCCUCCACUUUGCUGCUGAAAUUUCAUUAUUAGGCUUAGUUUAAAGAUGAUUCUAACCCUUCUCUCACUUGUUUGGCUCAGAAUGGCAUGUCUCUCCAACCAUUUAAGUGCCUGAUGCAAAACCCAAAGUGUAAAAGAUACAGAACCUUCUUUUUCUUUCUCAUUUUAUUGUUGUGGUAAAUCUUCAGAGCAGAUCUGUAAUGGCAGGCUGCUUAUCGUCCCCCAGGGAGCAGCCUUCUCUUUACAGUCUCUUAAUAUCUUCCUUUGACACUUCCUUUACAUAAUGUCAAAAAUUUAAUUGUAGCAUUUGGGUUUGACGUCGAAUAUAUCAAGGGGACUUGAAAUUAUCAGAGCCAUUGAAUAAGUCGGCAUUGAGGUGUUCCUGCCAUCUGCUGAAAGCUUCAGGUACUGCAGUUCUGUAAUAAAACGAUACACACACCUGGGGGCACAAGAAAUAACUGCUCGAUACUGAAAUGCAGAAAAUGAAGAAUGAUUGACUUCUGAACAUUUUCUGAGCAGUAAAGAGAAUUGGUUUAGUCCUUCAUGCUACCAAACAUAUGCAGAGAGUUUGAUAGUGGUCCAACAGCUCCAGUGGCCUGAAGGUACCAUAGCUGUAUCAUCCCCAUCUCCAUUUCUUAAAGUGGGCAGAUUUUACUGCUGAGAUGUUGCAGCACAUGACCCUCUCCUGCUUUUAGAGAUAUCCUUUAUACUGCUAGAUUUCACAGGGCGUUGCUGUUGUCUGGAUCAGUUUUAAAACUCUCUUUUUAAGGAGGUUAAUUUUUUGUAAUUUAAAGGAACAAUAUUUAUGUACUUAAGCAGCUCCCCCCAAUUCUAAUAUUUUGUAAUAGUCUUUAACUUGAUUGGACACUUAGAUACUUUCAGAUGCCAAGUCUGUUUGUUAAACCUUUCAGAAAUUAGCAACAUUUGACUUCAUGAAGCAAAUGCCUUUGCUAACUAGGCAGUUGGUGUAUUUGGAGUGGUCUUUUGAUUUAGGUAACAAUUCAGUUAAAGAUAUUUAUCUGUCAAAUUUGCAGCAUUUAUUAGGGAGAUUUCUGUUUCUAUAGAUCAUUGACCUUAAGGCACAUCUUGAUGAGAUUUUAUCAGAGUAUUAUGGUAUAAAAUAAAAUAUUUAUAUAAAGAAAAAGCAUUGAAUUUGUAGGUAAUAAGUCUAGUGGUCCCCUUUCCAUUUUCAGUCUUCUAAAUUUAUGUGAAACUUACCCACGUUUCUGGGAUAGUGAAAUUUUAAUUGCAGACUCUGAUGGGUAGAACUGAACCCACUGUUUAGUUUUUAUGAUCACCUGAGCAAGGGGAGAGAAUACUACAACUCUGAAUUCCUGCUUGUUAGCACACUAGAAAUCUGCUCUUUUUAACAAGUGGAAGGUGAAGAGCUACAACAUGGAGUUGGCUUCUAGCCUGUAAUAUUUUCCUCACUCCUCCCAGCUCCUGCACUGUUCUGUAAAGUCGGAUCCAUAAUCAGGUUGAGGCUGUACUGAUGUUGUCUAGUUACAAUAGAUUGCAUUACGCUUUCAGAUGAUGGACUGGUUUGUAAUGAAUACCACUGAACAAGGUGUGCCACACUGGUACCUAGUUGCCUCCAUUCUUAGCACAGUGCGUUUUCUCUGCUUUACUGUACAGGUUCAGUUCUGCAAAGCUAAAAAAGCAGCAGGAACUGGAAUGUCAUUCAUGCUUCUGAGGUUUAACACUAAAAACACUCAUAGUCUUUCUUUGUAAUUGUAGAAUUUUAAAAAAAGAACAGUUGGCAGGUCCUCACGCUGAUAACUGAGAGAUUAGGAUUCAAAAGUAGACUCGGGCUCCCAAGCCAGGCCAGCUGUGGAUUGUCCAGGCAAUCCAGACACAGGCUGGUCUCCAAACCCGUCUGAGUUUCUGUACAGCUUAAACUGUCACAUGAACCAAAGAGGAUCUCUCUGAAUAAAUAUCCUCAACCAGCUUUGGUCCUUCCAUACGAACACUUCCUCGGAUGCCCCUCCCUUGUAUCCACUGGAGUGGAGCACGUUUGACUACAUUACAACUUUCAGUUCUCUGCAUUAUAGGUCUCGGUGCCUCAGAAUAUGCAAGCCUUGUAAACGGUACGAAGCCUGGCCAAAAGGAAGCAAAGUCUACUGGGUACCCUUGUUAGGGCCUUAAGAACUUCUGCAGAGGGAGGGAACAUGAGGCCAUGGACUCAGAAAGCUAGAGGUCCCAGAUGAGGGAGAACAGAUUUACAAACCUCUACCCAUCUCUAUGCUCCUUGAACGCAGUAGAGUUGCAUUAUCACAUAGAGCCGUGUGUCACCCAGUGUCAGAUGGGACACUGUGGUAUGAUGCAAGUGAGCAAUUGAACUUUGAGCAGAGAGAAUGAACCUGUAAGGGCCGGGGGGCGGGGUAUCAGUUUAAAGUCCAUCAUUUGGGAUUUGCCUGUCUGGUCUGGUUUGUUUUAACCAAUUUGCUUUGUAGACUUUUGGGGAGUGGGGACAGGAAGAUAGGGAGAGGUGACCUAUAGAAUGUUACUCAGUAGCACCUUUGUCCUUUAUUCAUACUCUGGCUAGCCAAAGUCAGAGUGCUUGAAAGUAGAGAGAAAAAACUGACUGAGAGACAUUGGCCAAUAGUGAUUCAGCUGCAUCACCACAUCCCUGUCUUACUCCAGCCACUUUUGUUUUAAUGUUUCUAAUGGAUGUGUGAGUUUCUCAGGUGGUAUGGCUCUGUGGUCAGUAAAUCUGCCAUGAAUUCUCAGCAAUCGGUAGUGGAGAGAGCUCUAGUUUCAUAAGAGAACUCAGCAGCAAAGUGGGUAAGAGGAUGGUGACCUUGAGAUUUGGAGAAAUAUCUGUCUUAUUUCUGAUUCUCUGCUUGUGAUUGUUGUGAAGUCAGUGAGAGGAGUUUUCAGUGGUCAAGUGUCCUGGCAUAUGGUAUUUCUGGUUAACGUCACAGUACAGGUUUCACGAUGUACAAAAAAAAGCUGUCUCUUUUUUAAAAAAAACAAAAACAAAGUGCAGUUUUGCACAGAGGAAAAAAGAAAAACCCCUUUGAAUGUCACUUUCCAUUCUCUUUCCUUUUCAGUUAGCUGAUGUUGGGACUUUGGUUCUUCACAUGUAUUUGUAAACCAGUCUUGCCAAAAUACAAAUGUGUUGGGUUUUUUCACUCCAGCUACCUUUUGUUGUUAUUACAGUUACUUCUGUUUUCAGUCACUUCAACCAUAUGCUUUAUUUCAAGAGGCCUUCCUUGUGAUUUCUCUCUUUACAGGCGGUAGUGUUAUAUCAGUAUUUAAAGAUGCAAAAGAAAGCCACUAGCCUCAUAAGAGAAUUACUGAAAUCCACUUAGCCUGGCUGGAGCUAAAGAUGUGCUACCAAUAUUUUUCUCCACUCAGAAAAAAAAUGAAUUCUGCAUAAAGAUGCUACCUCAAGGCUCCAAGUGCUUUAAAGGUCUUUCACCUGGGAGAAUUCCAUAAGUCAGUCAAUGCAAAUUGGUCUGUUGCAUUGAGUUAAAUGUUUUUUAUUGAUUCAUUGGGAGACCCAUAUUUUAUUAACUCAUUUUACUACUAGUAUUUGAUUCUCAAAGGAUGAGUGAUUGCAGAGAGAGUGAUUCUUGCACUAUCAUGUUGACAGUGGGGGAAAAAAAUUCCUGCCAUAUAAGCUUAUGGUUUAAAAACAUUCUGGGGUUCAGCUUCACUUUUGAUUAAUAAAAUGCUGACAUGUCGUGUCCAGCCUUCCUGGUACAA